AUGCCCUCUUAUGCAAAAUUCUUGAAGGAAAUACUUUUAAACAAGAGGAGACUUGAAGAUCAUGAGACUGUAGCCUUGACAGAAGAGUGUAGUGCCAUACUUCAAAGGAAGCUCCCUCCUAAGCUUAAAGAUCCAGGAAGUUUUUCAAUUCCAUGUUAUAUUGGGGAAUCAUUUUCUAUAAAAGCUCUAUGUGAUUUAGGGUUAGCAGACAUAUCAAUUAAAUACCCUAAAGGGAUUUUAGAGAAUGUGCCUUUGAAGGUUAAAAAGUUCUAUAUGCGAGUUGAAUUUAUCAUUUUGGAUAUGGAGGAAGAUGCUAAUAUCUCAAUUAUUUUGGGGAGGCCUUUCCUAGCUACAGCUGGAGCACUAAUUGAUGUCAAGGGUGAAAAAUUAACUCUUAGAGUUGGGGAUGAUCAGUUAAAUUUUAACAUUAAUGAUGCUAUGAAGAAAAAUCAUUCUGAAGCUAAUUCUUGUUUGAGAAUUGAUAUUAUUGAUGAGCUAGUUGAGGAGCAUUUUAGGAAGAGAUAUCUUGAAGAUCCCUUUAAAAUUGCUUGGUUCAUGGAGGAAGUAUAG